UGAGUUGCGUGGUGGAGGUUAACCCUAGUUAAGACAUUGGACGCUAUAUAAGAAGGCGGGAAGGGGUAGCCAUUAUUCUUCGUGCUAUUUUCCUUUGUUUCUAUGGCUUCUGCAGAAGUAGAGUUCCGAUGCUUUGUUGGUGGGCUUGCUUGGGCCACCGACCACGAUGCUCUCGAGAAAGCCUUCUCUCAAUUUGGCGAAAUCGUCGAAUCGAAGGUCAUCAACGAUCGUGAAACUGGAAGAUCCAGAGGGUUUGGAUUUGUGACCUUCGCCACAGAGCAGGCGAUGAGAGACGCAAUUGAAGGAAUGAACGGCCAGAACCUCGACGGUCGUAAUAUAACCGUGAACGAGGCUCAAUCCCGUGGAAAAGGUGGCGGCGGCGGUGGCGGCGGCGGUUACGGAGGAGGUGGUGGUGGUUACGGUGGCGGCGGAGGUUACAGCCGCGGUGGAGGAGGAUAUGGUGGCGGAGGAGGCCGCCGUGAAGGUGGUUAUAACCGCAACGGUGGUGGAGGAGGAUAUGGUGGCGGUGGCGGCGGAUAUGGAGGUGGUGGAGGUUAUGGUGGCGGUGGGAGAGACCGUGGAUAUGGUGGUGAUGGUGGGUCCCGCUACUCGAGAGGAGGCGGUGGUUCGGAUGGAGGAAGCUGGAGGAAUUAAGAUUACGUGAAUUUUUAGGUUUUUAGUGGGUGAAAAAAUGGGGGGAGGUUGUGUUGUAUCCUCCCCUUGCCUUGAUAUUAAUUGUGAUAAUUUUAGGUUUGGAAUAUGCGUUGUGGUUUGAGCAUCUGUUACUGUUAUGGUUGGGUUUUUGACAUCUGAUAAUGAAUCUGUGUACUGGAAGGAUUACUGGGUCUUGGUCAUCCAGAUUGAAAUACCUGAAAAUCCUUGCUACCUAUACAUCUCAAUCUGCUUUGCAGCUUGGUUAGAAGACGAUAAGUCCCAAACAAGUGUUCAAUGUUCUUUUCUUACCAAUUCUAUAUCAAAAUUGUAUUAAAAAACCAAUAUUGUACUCGAGUGAAUUUGCUAACUCAAAAUAAAAUGACCACAAAUUUCAGGGGA